GGUCCGCCCCAAGGCUUCCCUGAGCUCGCCAGGCCCCAGGGCUGUGUGGGGCGGGCUCCCGGCCAGGCGCGGUCGGGACGCCCGCCGGUCCCCAGGUUCGGGGCAGCGCGCAGCGCGAGUCCGCGGCGGCUUAUCCAUCUUCGCGAUCCGGCCUGGCAGCGCCGCGCUCCGCUCGAAGGGCACUCGGCGGCAGAGUCCCGCGCUGGGGAGGGGCGAGGGGACCCGCCGCCCCCUCUGCGGACUCAGAUCGAGCAGGAGAGAGUGGGCGCCGAGCUGGGGCGAGCGCAGGGCCGUGGGCUCCUCUCUGGGCACACAUCCUUUACGCCACGGGCUUUCAGGGGCUGAGGAGCCUCGAACCUUGCCAAUCAUCAGUGCUGUGCACCCCGCUUGCUUUGGGGUCCGUUAAACGUCAGGAGAGAGCUGCUCAGAUGGGGUCACCAGACGCCUUCUCCCCCUUUUCCCGGAGCCCGCGGGUUGCGCGAUAAGCCAAACCCAGCCGGACGCUGCGCUCCUAUAAAUAGAGCGCGUGUGCCCGCUUCGCGCUCUCCGGGCUGCGCGAGGAACGAGAAAGUUGUGCGCAGGGACUGGGGGCGGGAGGCCAGGCAGGAGAGGACCCCGCCGGACCAGCCGCCCUGCACGCUGCGCCCCGCGCGCUGGACCUGAUCCUGCGAAUCUGCGCUUUUGGUGCGAGGGACCCAGCUAGCUGCUGCCUCCCUCCCUACCUCUGGGUGACACCAGGUUUGGGGGAUUUUUUUGACCAAGCGAAAGUGGGAGUCGCUGGCGUCCCGGCCAUGAACACAGCCUCGCGUUCUUCUCAGCCUGGGAAGGACCUUCUGCCUCUGUAACUCGUCCUUGCCGCAAGCCAGACAGGACUGGCACCCUCGCCGCUGGGCACCCGCCACCCUUGUGGCUUCUCUUUGAGUCCCCUCUUUUUGUUCCUGCUCCGUGGUUUAGCUGGUGGUGCUUGAGUUUGGGGUGAGAAUUUAUUAUUAUUAUUUUUUGCUUUAAGGUGUGAAUGUGAGGGUUUGAUGACUUUUAGAUGUCUAGGAACAAGAGUGGGUGCAGGGGCCCCAGGCAGGGCUGAUUCUUGGGCGGAGGAGGGUAGGGUAAAGGGUUCUGCAUGAGCUCCUUAAAGGACAAAGGUAACAGAGCCAGCGAGAGAGCUCGAGGGGAGACUUUGACUUCAAGCCGCAGAAUUGGUGGAAGUGUGCGCGCCGCCGCCGCCGUUGCUCCUGCAGCGCUGUCGACCUAGCCGCUAGCAUCUUCCAGAGCAACCGGGAUCCCGGGGUAGGAGGCGACGCGGGCGAGCACCAGCGCCAGCCGACUGCGGCUGCCCACGCGGCUCACCAUGGGCUCCGGGCGCCGGGCGCUGUCUGCGGUGCCGGCGGUGCUGCUGGUCCUCACGCUGCCGGGGCUGCCUGUCUGGGCACAGAACGACACGGAGCCCAUCGUGCUGGAGGGCAAGUGUCUGGUGGUGUGCGACUCGAACCCGGCCACGGACUCCAAGGGCUCUUCUUCCUCCCCGCUGGGGAUAUCGGUCCGGGCGGCCAACUCCAAGGUCGCCUUCUCGGCGGUGCGGAGCACCAACCACGAGCCAUCCGAGAUGAGCAACAAGACGCGCAUCAUUUACUUCGAUCAGAUCCUGGUGAAUGUGGGUAAUUUUUUCACAUUGGAGUCUGUCUUUGUAGCACCAAGAAAAGGAAUUUACAGUUUCAGUUUUCACGUGAUUAAAGUCUACCAGAGCCAAACUAUCCAGGUUAACUUGAUGUUAAAUGGAAAACCAGUAAUAUCUGCCUUUGCGGGGGACAAAGAUGUUACUCGUGAAGCUGCCACGAAUGGUGUCCUACUCUACCUAGAUAAAGAGGAUAAAGUUUACCUAAAACUGGAGAAAGGUAAUUUGGUUGGAGGCUGGCAGUAUUCCACGUUUUCUGGCUUUCUGGUGUUCCCCCUAUAGGAUUCAAUUUCUCCGUGAUGUUUAUCCAGGUGAGGGAUGACCCACUCCUGAGUUAUUGGAAGAUCUUUUUUUCAUCAUUGGAUUGAUGUCUUUUAUUGGUUUCUCAUGGGUGGAUAUGGAUUCUAAGGAUUCUAGCCUGUCCGAACCAAUACAAAAUUUCACAGAUUAUUUGUGUGUGUCUGUUUCAGUAUAUUUGGAUUGGGACUCUAAGCAGAUAAUACCUGUGCUUAAAUGUAACAGUCAAAAGCUGUCUGCAAGAUUUAUUCUGAAUUUCAUUUCCUGGGAUUACUGAAUUCGUUACAGAUGUGGAAAUUUAUUUGUUUAGUUUUAAAAGACUAGCAACCGGGUCUAAGCAUUAGAAAACUCUAAAGUUCUGACUUCAAUCAAUGGUUAGUGUGAUACUGCCAAAGAACUGUAUACUGUGUUAAUAUAUUGAUUAUAUUUCUUUUUAUUCCUUUGGAAUUAGUUUGUUUGGUUCUUGUAAAAAACUUGGAUUGUUUUUUUCAGUAACUGGUAUUAUGUUUUCUCUUAAAAUAAGGUAAUGAAUGGCUUGCCCACAAAUUUACCUUGACUAUGAUAUCAUCAACAUGACUUCUCUCAAAAAAAAAGAAUGCUUCAUAGUUGUAUUUUAAUUGUAUAUGUGAAAGAGUCAUAUUUUCCAAGUUAUAUUUUCUAAGAAGAAGAAUAGAUCAUAAAUCUGACAAGGAAAAACUUGCUUACCCGAAAUCUAAGUGCUCAAUCCCUGAGCCUCGGCAAAACAGCUCCCCUCCGAGGGAAAUCUUAUACUUUAUUGCUCAACUUUAAUUAAAAUGAUUGAUAAUAACCACUUUAUUAAAAACCUAAGGUUUUUUUUUCCGUAGACAUGACCACUUUAUUAACUGGUGGUAGGAUGCUGUUGUUUCUAAUUAUACCUAUUUUUCAAGCCUUCUGUUGUAUUUGAAGUAUCAUCUGGUUUUGCCUUAAUUCUUUAAAUUGUAUAUAUUUAUCUGUUUAGCUAAUAUUAAAUUCAAAUAUCCCAUAUCUAAAUUUAGUGCAAUAUCUUAUUUUGUCUUUUGUAUAGGUCAUAUGAAUUCAUAAAUUAUUUAUGUCUGUUAUAGAAUAAAGAUUAAUAUACGUUAGUUGAAUUGUUUUUUUUCUGUUUUGGAAAUAUGUAUUCUACAUUAUUUAUUUCCUCUUACUUUGUCUCUUCCUAAUCCUUUCUUCCUUCUUUGCUCCUUUUUUCUUUCUUUCUUUCUUCCUUCUUCCCUUCCUUUCAUCCUUUCAUCCUCUCAUUUCUUUUUUCCUGAAGUUUAAGAAAAGCUUUCUGAAUUUUCAGGUAAUGUCCUCUGAGCUGAUAUAGGAAAUCUUUACUGUGUUUAAUUUGUCCAAAUGUAGGAAUUGCAAGCUUGUCAAAAGAGAAUCAAUGAACUUAGUAAACUCUUCUUUCUGAAGGGCUGAUUGUUAAAAAGUUAAGUUUAAAAGAUCCCCUAAAAUAUCAGGAGGACGCUCAAUGUAUGAAUGAGUGGUGAUGAGUUUAAAGACCAAUAUUUUCAUACUGAAGACUUUGAGGAAAAGUUCUGCCCUUUUUUCAACACUAAAAGACAAACAGAGGAUCGCAGCCCUCUUAGGAGGAAUUAUUAGUACACCUGCCUUGUUUGGAGAUUUGGCUCAAUUUCCUGUUCUUCAGUCCAUUAGAACAAUUUUUGGGGGGUGGGGCAGGGGGCUUUUGUACUUAGUGGCAACAAGCAAGCUGUUACAGGGAGACACAUGCAGGCAUGUCUUCCAGGAUAAUUGUGUUAAUUGUCAAGUCAAAAUAUUCAUUAAUCACCAGGAAGACUCCUCUUUCUCUGAAAAAAAUUAUCUGCAGAUGCUGGCAAUGGAUCCUCAAUGUUUUGCUUGGCAAGUUGUCUUCUGCUGGCUUCCUGUCAAAAACCUUUCCUCCUGUGUGAUUUUAUAAUGUAAAAAAAAAGUAUCGUGCAGAGAGACUAAAUAAAAGGGGCAUUUUCUAAA